AUGGCGCUCGAAGCAGAGACAAAACGCGUCGUCGACCAGUUCGAGCUGUCCGAUGCAUACCUCAAUGGUGCCGUCAGUGAAUUCCUUGGUCAAAUGCAGACUGGCCUGGAAAAGGAUGGAUCCAGCAUGAGCCAGAUCCCGACCUACGUCACUGGCGUGCCCAAUGGCACCGAAAAGGGCUUGUACCUCGCCGUCGACCUUGGCGGCACCAACUUCCGCGUGUGCUCUGUCCAGCUGAAUGGUGACACCACCUUCAACCUCACAUACAGCAAAGUCGCGAUCCCCAAAGACCUCAUGGUCGCCAAGACCGCCGAGCAGCUCUUCUCCUUCCUCGCCAAGCAGAUUGAGCUUUUCCUCCGUGAACAUCACGCCGAGCACUUUGAGCAACACGUUCGCCGCCGCCAAACCUACAGCGCCCCCGAGGGCUACCGCGACGAGCAUGUCUUCCGCCUCGGUUUCACCUUCAGCUUCCCCGUUCAGCAGCUUGGCAUUAACAAGGGCAACCUGAUCCGGUGGACCAAGGGCUUCGACAUUCCCGAUGCCGUCGGCAAGGAUGUCUGCGCUCUGCUGCAGGUCGAGAUCGAUAAGCUGCACCUCCCCGUCCGAGUUGCCGCUCUCGUCAACGACACCGUCGGAACCCUGAUGGCGAGAUCGUACACUUCAACCGGCAAGUCCGGCUCUAUUCUGGGUGCCAUUUUCGGCACUGGCACCAAUGGCGCUUAUCUUGAGAAGCUGUCCAACAUCAAGAAGCCCAUUGUCGGCGAAUUCGAGUCGGCCACUGGCGAAAUGGUCGUCAACACCGAAUGGGGCUCGUUCGACAACCAGCUUAAUGUGCUGCCCAACACUCCUUGGGACGAUGCCCUUGAUAAGGCCAGUGUCAAUCCCGGCAUUCAAAUGUUCGAGAAGCGUGUCUCUGGCAUGUUCUUGGGCGAGAUUGUCCGCCUGACCAUCCUCGACAUGCUCAAAGACGAUGAACUUUCCUUGUUCAAGGACCAGAACUCCAGCUUCAACGACUGGAAGUCAACAACAAGCAUCAGCGCCGAGUCCGGCAUGUUCAAGCAGUGGGGCCUGGACAGCUCAAUCAUGUCCGUCGCCGCUGCCGACAACACCCCCGAGCUCUCGACCCUCAGACAGCAGCUGGAGUCCGCCUUGCAGGUAUACAGUCCCUCGCUUGAGGAUGCCCAGGCCUUUAAGGCCGUUGCUGGUUCCGUUGGCCGCCGUGCAGCUCGUCUUUCUGCUGUCGCCAUUGGUGCCAUUGUCCUCCAGUCCGGCAAGCUCGACGACGAGAAGGAGGAGGUCAUUGAUGUCGGUGUCGACGGCAGCUUGGUAGAGCACUACCCCUUCUUCCGAGACAUGAUCUACGAGGCCCUUCGCUCCAUUGAGCGCAUCGGCCCCAAGGGUGCCGAGAAGAUCCGUAUUGGCAUCGCCAAGGAUGGAAGUGGAGUUGGCGCCGCCCUCAUCGCCCUUGUGGCAGCUGGCAUGGAGAAGGAGGGUGAUGUCUUGACCGAAUUCAGACAGAAUGUCAAGAAGGAACUGGACUCCAUCCCCACACCACGUAAGUUGCUGGUCACCGAAGUUGCUGGGAUAAAGCGCGACCUCGACUGUGACGAACUUCCCGCUGCAGUGCAUUGUGAGAUUGUCGGCUAA